AUGAGGGCUGCAGUUGCAAAUUAUUGGUGGGGCAGCUCAGCUGAUAACCGACAUAUGCACUGGAUGAGUUGGGAGAGGCUCAACCAGCCGAAAAGCAAAGGAGGCAUGGGAUUCAGGGAUCUCAGGAGCUUUAACCUGGCCAUGCUAGGGAAGCAAGGUUGGCGACUCAUCACCAGGCCGGAUUCCCUAUGUGCAAGAGUCCUGAAAGGAAGAAGCCAUCUUGAGACAGCUGAGAGGGAGGGGACAGUUGGAUUUCUGGGGCCUAGGAACCUGAAAAGUUUGGGGUUUACACAGAAAUCUGAAGCUUUAUUUGUGCAGCAGCCAAGCUCGUCUGAUGAUGGACCUUGGAAGAAGAUUUGGGAGCUAGAAAUUCCGCCAAAAUUCUGGAGUCAAACCAGAGCGGCAACCGGGUUAAAGAUUCCUAAUCUAAAUGCAGAGACAUGGGCGACUGACCUGAUGUCGGAGCUUUGCCCAAAAAGGGAUCAAGCUAUUAUCAUGUGUGGCAUGUGGGCAAUGUGGAUGAUGUGCAACAAGCGCCGGCAUGGUGAGCUAUCGAUGACGGUCCAGCAGGCGGUGAACUGGGCGAAAGACACGGCGUUUGACUUGUGGCAGUUGGGACAUCAGCUCAGUCAACCCAGCAGGGUGCAUGAUAUAACAACCUGGGGAUUUAGUCUAGUGCUUUGGAGAAAGGAGUCACAACGAUCAGUCAUUGAUCCUAUUCUGAAGGAGAUCGAUGAGCCCAGGUCCUACAACCAGAAGGAUGGCAUCUAUCCCACCUGGAGGAAUUAA